AUGGCGUGUGGCAGCGGGAGGGUCACCAUCCAGCUGGUGGGCGAGGAGGCAGGGGCUGGAGCCAGCGGCCUGCAGCUCUUCCGGGGCCAGAGAUACGAGGCGAUCCGGGCAGCCUGCCUGGAUUCCGGGAUCCUGUUCCGAGACCCUCAUUUCCCUGCCGGCCCCGAUGCCCUCGGCUACGACCAGCUGGGGCCGGACUCGGAGAAGGCCAAAGGGGUGAAAUGGAUGCGGCCCCAUGAGUUCUGCGCGGAGCCCCAGUUCAUCUGCGAAGACAUGAGCCGAACGGACGUGUGUCAGGGGAGACUGGGUAACUGCUGGUUCCUUGCGGCCGCCGCCUCCCUCACUCUCCACCCCCGACUCCUGUGCCGCGUGGUCCCUCCUGGACAGGGCUUCCAAAGUGGCUACGCAGGCAUCUUCCAUUUCCAGCUCUGGCAGUUCGGCCGCUGGGUGGACGUCGUGGUGGACGACAGGCUGCCCGUGCGCGAGGGGAAGCUGAUGUUCGUGCGCUCGGAACAGCGGAACGAGUUCUGGGCCCCGCUCCUGGAAAAGGCCUACGCCAAGCUCCACGGCUCCUAUGAGGUCAUGCGAGGCGGCCACAUGAACGAGGCUUUCGUGGACUUCACAGGCGGCGUGGGCGAGGUGCUCUAUCUGAGACAAAACACGUCGGGCCUCUUCUCUGCCGUGCGCCGUGCCCUGGCCAAGGAGUCCCUUGUAGGCGCCACUGCCCUGAGCGAUCGCGGCGAGUACCGUACGGAAGACGGGCUGGUGAAGGGACACGCGUAUUCGGUCACGGGCACGCACAAGGUGUCCCUGGGCUUCGCCAAGGUGCGACUGCUGCGGCUGCGGAACCCCUGGGGCCGUGUGGAGUGGACCGGGGCCUGGAGCGACAGCUGCCCGCGCUGGGACGCGCUCCCCGCCGAGUGGCGAGACGCCCUGCUCGUGAAGAAGGAGGACGGCGAGUUCUGGAUGGAGCUGCAGGACUUCCUCCGCCACUUCGACACCGUGCAGAUCUGCUCGCUGAGCCCCGAGGUGCUGGGCCCCAGCCCCGCCGGAGGCGGCUGGCACAUCCACACCUUCCAGGGCCGCUGGGUGCGCGGCUUCAACGCUGGCGGGAGCCAGCCCAGUGCUGAAACCUUCUGGACCAACCCCCAGUUCCGGCUGACACUGCUGGAGCCUGAUGAGGAGGACGAGGAUGAGGAAGGGCCCUGGGGGGGCUGGGGAGCAGCAGGGGCUCGGGGCCCAGCACCGGGAGGCCGUGUGCCCAAAUGCACGGUCCUCCUGUCGCUCAUCCAGCGAAACCGGCGGUGCCUGAGGGCCAAGGGCCUCACUUACCUCACCGUGGGCUUCCACGUGUUCCGGAUUCCAGACGAGCUGCUGGGCCUCUGGGACUCCCCGAGCAGCCGCGCCCUCCUGCCCCGGCUGCUGCGCGCUGACCGCUCGCCCUUCUGUGCCCGCCGCGAUGUGAGCCGCCGCUGCCGCCUCUGCCCCGGCCACUACCUGGUGGUGCCGAGCGCCGCCCGCGUCGGCGACGAGGCCGACUUCAUGCUGCGAGUCUUCUCCGAGCGCCACCACACGGCCGUGGAGAUCGACGACGCGAUCAGCGCCGACCUGCGGGUGCUCCAGGGCCCCUGCAUGCCCCUGGAGCUGGGCUUGGAGCUGCUGUUUGCGGAGCUGGCUGGAGAGGAGGAAGAGCUUGAUGCCCCGAAGCUCCAGGCCUUGUUAAGCGUCGCCCUGGAGCCUGCCCGGGCCCACACCCGAACCCCGGGAGAGAUCGGGCUCAGGACCUGCGAGCAGCUGCUGCAGUGUUUUGGGCACGGGGGAAGCCUGGCCCUGCACCACUUCCAGCGGCUCUGGGGCCACCUCCUGGAGUGGCAGAAAUGGUCCCCCGUGCGCAGGAGCAGGGAGAAAGUCCUGCAGGGUUUAGAAGAAGAAUACGUGUACAGCUGCUUCCACCUGAACAACCAGCUGACCCAGGCCCUCACCAGCCGCUACCGGGACAGCCGUCUACGUGUGGACUUCGAGCGAUUCGUGUGCUGUGCAGCCCAGCUCACCUGCAUCUUCCGCCACUGCAGCCAGCACCUGGAUGGGGGUGAAGGGGUCAUCUGCUUGACCCACAGACAGUGGAUGGAGGUGGCCACCUUCUCCUAGGACCCCAGGAAGGGUCCCCUGCAGCUCAGGGCUGGGGUGCUGCGCAAGAUGGCCCUGCACCACCCUGCCCGGCACCAGGUGAAGCUCUGGGGCCAGCCUGCCUUGGGGCUGGCUUCCGGCUGUGCUUGCCUCACCUGGACUCGGGACGGCAGCGGCACUUUUCUUGUGCCGGCCCCAGAGAGGGUCCCCAAUGGCACCUUCUCAUUUUGCCACAGUCACGGGAGCAGGGAUCAUGGCCCCACCUGGUUCUGGGAAGAUGUGUGUUCUGCCCUUGCUCUCCGAGAAGUAGGGAAUGGAGAGAGGACAGAGAAAGAGGACAACUGUGGGAAUCCUUAAAAAUAUUACAUGUUUUAUUAUCCUGUCCCCAGAGGGUGGUUUAUCCAGAAACCAAGAAAAAAAAAAAAAAUCAGAAUAAACUCAAAACGGGGAGGGGGAACAAAACCAUCCACUCCCAGGCAGCCAGGCCUGCUGCCCACCUCCAGCUCAGAGGGUCCCCAGAGACCCAAGCCCAACGGCAAACACAGGGAAAUCGGGAAGGGGCAGCAGAUCAGCUAUGUCUUCAUUACGAGAGCAAGAGACGGCAGCGAGAUGUUGCUAGGUGAAUAUAUAUUUAUAUAAUAAAUCCGUAAGUUAAUAAAGUAAAUAGUAAUUC